AUGUCGGACAGAGCAAUGAGACGGCAAGUACUAUUGUUCAUCUCGAUGUUUUCCCUCAGCUCAGUGCUCGGGCAGAUCACCUACUCCAUACCCGAAGAAAUGUCAAGAGGCUCUUUCGUUGGUAACAUAGCGCAGGAUUUAGGGCUAGACGUCAAAAGACUGAGGUCAGGUAAAGCUCGCAUAUAUACAGAGGACAAUGCAGAAUACAUCGAGUUGAAUAAAGAAAGAGGAGUCCUGCUUGUUAAAGAGAGAAUCGACAGAGAGGCGCUCUGCGGACAGACAACACCUUGCGCUUUACAUCUUCAAAUUACAUUGGAGGAUCCUAUUGAAUUCUAUACAGUUACAGUCGAAAUUAAUGACAUUAACGAUAAUGCACCCAGCUUUAAAAAGGAUGAGAUGAAAUUUAGGAUUAGUGAGUCGGCUGUGAUUGGUGCAAAAUUUGUGCUAGAAAGAGCUAUGGAUCUAGAUGUUGGUGUGAACGGAUUGCAGGGUUAUUCGUUAAAGCCUACAGAUAACUUUCAUCUAAAACUACAAAAUCAGCAAGAUGGGGGUAAGAAGGUGGAGAUGGUUUUGCAAAAACAUCUGGAUAGAGAGGCGCAAGAGGACCUGUCUUUAACACUUACAGCUACUGAUGGUGGUGAUCCACAGCUGUCGGGAACAAUGCGAAUAGAGAUUUCAGUGCUAGAUGCUAAUGACAAUGCCCCAGUAUUUAUGCAGGAAGUAUAUAAGGUUACUAUAAUGGAGACUGCUCCAAAGGGCACGAUUUUGAGUACCGUUAGUGCUGCGGAUGCAGAUCAAGGUUCAAAUGGAAAAGUGUCAUAUUCAAUAACAAACACGCAGGAUGAUGUCCCUGUUUUGUUUCAAAUCGACGAACAAAAUGGUGUGGUAGCUUUAACUGGAAACCUGGAUUAUGAAAAGGCACAGCACUACGAAAUACACGUACAAGCUAGUGAUGAUGGAGGACUAACAGAUUCUUGUAAGAUUAUUGUUGAGGUGACCGAUACUAACGAUAAUCCACCUUCUAUUAAUAUUAUGUCUAAAACUAAUUCAAUAUCAGAAAAAUCUACGCCAGGAACUGUGGUAACUAUAUUUAAUGUUCAAGAUCCAGACUCUGGAGAAAAUGGCAAAGUCUCAUGUAAUAUCGAAGAACACAAGCCAUUUGUGAUGAAAACAACGUCGAAAAAAUUCUUUAGCUUAGUAACAGACAGUGAUUUAGACAGAGAGAUAGCCUCUGAGUAUAAUAUAACUGUGACCUGCUCUGAUGAGGGAGUGCCGUCCCUCUCCAGCAGCGUCACUCUCACCUUACAGAUCUCUGAUGUGAAUGAUAAUGCGCCUGUCUUUGAGAGGAGCUCAUAUGAGGCCUACAUUGUGGAAAACAACGCACCAGGCCUCUCUAUAUUCACAGUGAAAGCCAGAGAUGCUGACUGGAACCAGAAUGCCCGUGUUUCUUACAUACUGGAGGAGGACUCUGUUAACGGAGUGCCAGUCUCCUCAUAUGUGUCCGUUAGUGCUGAUAGUGGAGUCAUCCAUGCAGUUCGCUCUUUUGACUAUGAGCAGAUCAAAGAUUUCCAGUUCCGUGUCAAAGCGCAAGAUGGAGGUUCCCCUCCACUCAGUAGCAAUGUGACUGUGAAAAUAUUGAUCCAAGACCAGAAUGACAACCCCCCUCAGGUUCUGUACCCAGUCCAGACAGGUGGCUCUCUGGUGGCUGAAAUGGUGCCUCGUUCAGCAGAUGUGGGCUAUCUGGUCACUAAAGUGGUGGCUGUUGAUGUGGACUCUGGACAGAAUGCCUGGCUCUCCUAUAAACUGCAGAAAGCCACAGACAGGGCGCUGUUUGAAGUGGGCUUACAGAAUGGAGAAAUAAGAACUAUCCGCCAGGUGACUGAUAAAGAUGCUGUGAAACAAAGACUGACUGUUAUAGUGGAGGACAACGGGCAGCCCUCUCGUUCAGCUACAGUCAUUGUUAACGUGGCGGUGGCGGACAGCUUCCCUGAAGUGCUGUCAGAGUUCACUGACUUUACACACGACAAGGAGUACAAUGACAACCUGACUUUUUACUUAGUGUUGGCUCUGGCUGUAGUUUCCUUCCUCUUCAUCACGUGUUUAGUGGUUAUUAUAUCAGUGAAAAUCUACAGAUGGAGACAGUCUCGCAUCCUGUAUCACUCCAAUCUCCCUGUGAUUCCAUAUUAUCCACCACGUUACUCAGACACUUUGGGGACAGGGACUCUCCAACACGUGUAUAAUUACGAGGUGUGCAGGACGACUGACUCCAGAAAGAGUGACUGUAAGUUCGGCAGAGCUGGUAGUCAGAACGUGCUGAUAAUGGACCCCAGUUCUACAGGGACGAUGCAGCGGAUACAGAAUGAAAAGAGCAUCCUGGAUGAACCAGACUCUCCUCUAGAGGUUAGAAAUCUGCAACAAUCAAAUGUUUAAUUUGAAUGCAAUAUACUGUAUAUAGUGGUCAACGUUUUAUAUGCUACAACGUUCCC